GGUCUCUGUGCAAAAGGGCACAAGUCAAUUUUAGCCAUUUUCGGGUUAUGUAUGAAUUUUAUAGGAAAUUUUGUGCUGCGUUUAGUGGUACCACUGUUUUUAACACAUCUCCAAUAAUUAUCAAGUUAUUUGAUAGUGCGAUAAGUCAUUAGUCAUGAUUAUAUAAUUUUCUUGGUGUAAAAGGGCUUAUGUCAAUAUCACGUUAUGUGUAAAAGGACAAUAUUCGAAAUUGUGUAUGCGGCUUUGUGCAAAAGGUCACAAGUCAUUAUUUGAAGAAUUAUUAUAUUAUUAUUCUGUUAUUUUGAUAUCUGGUUUGUGUAUAGGAAAGUUACUUUGUCCAUAACAGUUUGAUCUCUUUGCUAUAAAUCUAAAAUAUUAUCUAAUAAAAAUCUCUUAGAUCUAAAUACAUAUAAUUACAUUUUUGUGUAGCAUUGCUGAACAUUUUAAUAAAUAUGUCGAGAAGAACCAAUAAGAUAUUAGGACUAGUAAGUGAUUCUAAUGGUUGUAAUAUUAAUUAUAAAGUUCCUAAAGCACACGUGCGUAGAAAUUUAAUCAGAGAGCUAAACUCAACAAAACACACUUCAUUUUACAAUUGUAAAAAAAAUGUAUCAGAAUGGAUUAAUAAUAACGACAGUGCGAAAUAUAAAAAGCAAGACUGUAAUUUUGUAGAUUUGGAAACUAUUAAUUCACCUGAACAUAUUUUAUCUUUAGUCAAAGUAAGUUUUAUGUUCUCAAUUAAAAUUAUUUUGAAUAAGUAUUUGAAGAAAUUAACUUUUUAACACAUUCUCUCUUAAUUACUAAA